AGAGCGGCGCGAUGGCGCAGUUGUUGAGCAUCAGCUGCCAAGUGCGGCGCUUCACCUCCACUUACGCGCGCAGACACAGUCUGGCCGAGGGGAACCGGGCCCGGGAGAACCGGGCCGCCACCAUCAUCCAGAGCAGCUUCCGGGGCAGCAGGGUCCGGGCGUACAUCAGACGCCUGCACCAGCGGGCCGGGGUCAUCCAGAAGGCGUGGCGCGGCUUCGCGGCCAGGGCGCGGCUCAGACGGGCGCUGAAGGAAGGAUACGUCAGGAUGAAGAUGGAGACCUACCAGGAGAUGGCGCUCAGGAUCCAGCGCCGGUGGAGGGGAUUCUGCGUCCGGAAGUACGUCCACAACUUCUACGCUCGCAAGCGCUUCCUCCAGGAGCUGCCCGUCCUCAACCAGCUGCGCAGGUGCGAGCUGGAGGAAGGCCAGCGGCUGCUGAGGAGAGAGACGGAGGUUCUGCGGACGGCGGAGGCGCGGCGACGGCAGCUGUACCGGGCUCACCGGCUGCACCACCUGCUCAGCACCAAGCAGAGUCCCGGGGUCUUCAACUCUCCAUUCAGACCAGAACCCCAUGAGACAGAGCUGCUGCUGAGGCGGGUCAGAUACCAGGCCGGAGACAGGACCCGCCUCUCUGCCAUGGUGGUCCAGAUGACACUCUCUCCGACUCAUGGAUCCUACGACUCCUCCCACCUCAAACUGCCCCCCAUUUUGAGCCGCAACCUGCAGGGGGCAGCGGCAGAGCCAGAGGAAGUCUGUGGUCCCGCACCUGUCGGACCAGACUCAGGACCAGGUCCCCUGACACCUGCCCCGGAGAACCGCAGGUCCACAGCGGAGUCCAGCCGCCCUCCUGACAGGGACCCGGGACGCGGACCUGUUCGUGGACCUCCAGUCCAUGAGAAGCCAUGCAAAGCCAAACCUUGAAACAGUCCCCAAAAUGAGGAAACUGGAGCUGUGAAAAGUUCACCGGCACAAGCAGGAAGUCUUCCCUCUGAAAUAAA